CGGCAGACGAAGAAGACGCCCGCGCCAGCAUCGGAGCUAUCGACGCCAGUAGCAGCGGAUGUUGGAAAUCAGGUGGCGCUCCAGCAGCGAACUUGACCCAAAGACUGCGGUGUACCGUCAGUCACCGUCAGUCAGCAACGCGUCAUCACGGUGUUCGUCGUCCGACACAUUUUUGGAACGUUUUCCAGCUUCAGCGACGAUGACCGAUUUUUUCCGUUUGCUGGAUUGCGAUGUUAUCGGUUUCGACUUAGACCAUACGCUGUGCCGGUACCAUCUGAAGGAGACCUCCAAGCUAAUCUACGAGAGCUUCGCCAGGUAUCUAGUGGAACAUAAAGGCUAUGACAAGGACCUGUUACACCUAACACCUGCUACUUGGGAUUUUUGUUUUAAGGGCCUCGUGGUGGACCUUGAAGAUGGAAACUUAGUGAAACUUGCCGAAGAUGGAACAGUAUUGAGAGCAACACAUGGAACUACUGACCUGAGCACGGAAGGGAUCAUCAAACAUUAUGGUCCAAAAAGGGAGUGGAAGCACUUUAACAGCCUCAAUACCUCUUUUGCAAGAUCUGCUAAAUACUAUUUAUACGACAACUACUUUGAUCUACCUGGUGCUCUCCUCUGCGGAAGAGUUGUGGACAUGUUCUACGAGUGGGGAAAUGAAGUGAAUUCAGACUUUUGGAAAGACAUGGUCGCUGCCAUUGACCACAAUUACAACACAUCGGCAUUUAGAGAGGAUGCGGGCACUUAUUUUCCCAAUGUAAAGCGGGACCCUGGCCGUUACUUGCAGACCUGUUCCGAGUCUGUCAAGACUUGGCUACGGAGCAUGAAGAAUGCAGGGAAAGUCCUCCUUCUCAUUACCAGCUCCCACAGUGACUACUGCAGGCUCAUCUGUGAAUACAUCCUGGGGAAGGACUUUGAGGAGCUUUUUGAUGUCAUCAUCACAAAUGCCCUCAAACCUGGUUUCUUCUCCUUAAUACCGCAGCAGAGGUCCUUCAAGAACCUUGUGAAUGAUGUGGAGAGUGAGGAUCUGCCAUCACUGGACAAACCUGGUUGGUACUCCCAAGGCAACUGGAUGCACCUCCAUGAACUGCUUAAGACCAUGACGGGAAAACCAGAGCCCAAGGUUGUGUAUUUUGGAGAUAGCAUGAGGUCGGACAUGUUCCCUGCCAACAGCUUUGGAAAGUGGGAAACUGUGAUGAUUGUGGAGGAAAUGGAGGGGGAAGGUGUGCCCAAGAGUGAUGCAGCAAAGUCAAACGAGGCCCAAGUGGAGCCACAGGAGAAGAAGGGAAAGUUUGAGGAAAGCAUGAAGUCACCCUCCACUUUGUCGAACCAGUGGGGUUCCUACUUUGUUGAUGUACAUCGAAGUGGCGGAGAGGACGAGGAGAGCCAGAAACUGACCUGGUGCUGCCACUGCAUUCACAAAUACAGCACCAUGGCCAUCCCUAGUGUUGAGCACAUAGCAAAUCUCCCUCUGGAUUAUAAAUUUCCCAGGUUUUCUCCUGAUAAACCUUGCACAGCCGGAUACUUCCCGAAGCCCCCAGAUUCUUUGCUAAACAGAGGCAAAAGUCUGACCUGAAGAGAAAAUAUACUAAAGACUCAUCCUUUCGUUAUCCCUCUGCUUCGUGAAUUGUCUGCUUCUCCACUUGCACCGGUAGUUUAACCCAAAAGCUUUUGUGGAGCACAAAUUUCCCCCAUUACUGAAUCAUUCAGAAAACAUGUUGAACUUGAUGUAAGAUACAGUCUCCAGUGUCUGUAAUCAGGCCUGUCUUUGGACAUUGUUUUGCAGUUUAGUAUACAUGUGAGAAUACAACAUCGUGUGAGUGUCUGUCUGAGUACAGUUGUACCUUGUCUUGCAAGUUUAAUUGAUUUCCUUGACAACAAUUGUAACUCAAACACGCUCAAAUCAUCUUUCCAUUUUGAAAUAAAUGGAAAUGCCAUUAAUGCGAUGCAGCUACAAUAACAGAGCAUAAAGAAUAAUGUGCCUCUGAGUAUUGAUGAAUUUUCUGUCUGCACGCUGCACCAUUUGUGCUCAAAUAUCCGUUAUUUAAAGGUUUAUAGGUGCUGCAACAUUGAUGCUAGUUUCGAUAGCCCGUCUACGGCAUUUUGCACUGUGCAUUAGUAUCAAAGCAAAUAAUUGGCGACGCAUUGGCUCAUUUCUCGAAAAGCCCGUACGUUGGGUCACUUGUAAGUCGAGGUACCACUGUAUGUGUGUCUAUUUACAAAGUGUAAUUAGUUGUGGAAAAUGUUGUCAUGUAUUUAAAAUGUAAAAUGAAAAUACAUCGAGAAGUGAUUUAUCUCAAUGAAGUGUUCGCUGACACACAACCCCCAGGCUGUUUGCGGGUGUUAUGUGUGCCAUCGCUGUUGUUUUUAAGUGUGCUUAUAAUUAAUGUUUUGGUGUAUUUUUGUACCUUUCAGAAUAAGGUGUAAGGUCCGUUGCUUAUGGCAGUUUUGUGGAAAAUGUCAAUCUCGAGGUCGUAGUGUUAUUAAAAGAAUGUACGAUGUUGUUUCAAUAAAAGACAAUGAAUGUGGAAAUAACAUGCUAGGUUACUGUAUCCCACCACUAUUUUUAUUAUUACUACUACUACUACUACGAUUAUUAUUACCGGAAAGGCAUCUGUCAUAUCCUGUUUUGUUUGCUUGUUUCCUGUGCGGAAUUUGUCCUCUGUGUUGCAGUCCCUGGGUGCUGGUCGGUGGGCGGAGUCUCCCGUGAUGCAGCUGCUUGUGAUUUGUCAUCAGCAGUGUAUUUAAGCAUGGCAGACGCAGGAGGAAAAUGCUGAGAAAUUGUACGUUGCUUGUUGCCAUUGCGUUGCCAGUUUUGUUAUACUCGUGCAUUCCAACUUUCAUUCCGUCCUGCCAGCAGCUAUUUUCGUCAGCUGUUUUUGGAGUAAGUACGACUGUUGUUGUUCUUCCUUGUGUACGUUAGAGUUUGUUCUCCCAGUUACUUUUAGUGUUUUCCUCCUAUGGCUUCCCGUCCACUGUCCUUGUUUAAGAACCUGUUUGCUAGGCGGUUUUCACGUUGACCUUUUGUCACGUCACUUUCUGUUAGUAGUCAUUUUUCACGUUAGCGUGCUCCCUUUGUUGAAUAAAGUGUGGAAACCUGCA